ACAUGUUAAUAAUUCCAGCUAUUGUGUAGGAUUGUUGGGUUUUUUUACUCAUUGCGUGAGUCCUUGUGGAUUAUAAUGUUCCUUUAAGAUUAAGCAAAAAGUAGAUGUAUGGCAAGAGGUCCUGCUCAGUGACAAACCUGGACUGCCUUAUGUAGUUCAGCAUAACCUCAACAGAUGGCUAAAACAGUUCAUGUUACCUAAUGUAAGACUGUUGGGAGCGUUGUCUGCACAGUCCUGUAGGUCAGUUGAGUUUUCAAAAUGCAUAUUGUGCUCUCCUUCCCUGGGAAAGGGACAGGGACUGAAGUCAACGGAGAACACUGCUUGUUGCCAUAGAAGUUGUCUUCAGCCAACUACUGGUAACAAAUGAUUUAAGUGUGUUUCCUAGCUGCCUGCCUACCCCCACGCACUACUUCAACUGAAAAUGCUGGCAGAGAGUGUCUUUCCUGAUUGAGCAUGUCCACGAUGUGGUACAGAGAAUCAGCCUCUAACUUUCCAAAGCAGUUUUGAGUUUCUGUGCAGCUCGUUUAUUGUAUGGAAAGAUAUUUCUCUUGGGUUUUGCCUUCCCUUGCUUCCUUUGUCUGAGACUACUUGACCACAGGGACAUUGGCCCCACUUGAGGGACAGAAAAUGUGAGCAGGCUGUGAGAUGGGUGGAAGGUGGUGGUUUGUGAUGCUGCUUACUGGCAUUGAUGAGUUGUAAUGAAAUGUUUGUCAGAACCGAACCAAAGAAGGAAAGGACAGAACGCCCCUUGUCAUCUAAGGCUCACUUGGACUGCAGCUCCUUUUAGCAAAGGAUUUCCCACCUCUUUGAAUAGCUGAGCAAAAGGAAAGAAUGAAAGGUACCAUCAAAGAAAACUGUUUUUUGCAGGACUUUGAUACAGUGAUAGGGAAGGAGCACAAGGGUGAGGAACUGAUCUGUUGUUGUUGCAAAAAGACUUUUAACCCUGAUAAUUCCAAAUUUUCUAUGUAGCUUACUGAAAAGCAUAGAGUAAAGAUGCAAUAGGGGCAGCUGGAACUAUAUUUGGGUAUAGUCUGGUAAAGUCCUCUAGCCAUAUUCGCCACAAGCUUUUUACCUUGCUGACUUUUUUAAGUAACUGUCUUGAUUUUACCUGUUGAUGACAGUGAGAAUUCUCUUGAUGGAAAAUUACUGCAUUUCUGAGGCUUUUGAUAACUUGAAGGGAAGGGCUGCCAGUUCAGGGAAAACAAAAGUAUUCAAGUAUCUAUGCAAUUUUAAAUACUAAUAUAUUGUUUAAUACAAUUUGAAUACUCAUUGUGGUUCCUGUGCUCCUUGUUUCUCAUUUAGUGUUCUGUCCCUUGUUGCCAAUCGUAUCAAAGAUUUCAGGAGAGGUGACAAGAGGCUUAGCUGAAACUUUUCCUCACCUAAUAACCCUGGCAGCUCCAAGAGCAGCAGUUUCAGUGAGAGUGCUGAGCUGCCUGAACUGGCAAGCUGGCUUGGCUCCAAGUGGUGUCAAUAGGAACUCUUAUUGAGGAGGGAAUUAAGAUAAGUGUGCCAGUCAAAAGGGCGUUUGAAACACUUGUGCUUUGUCUGCUGCGGGGUUGUCCAUGUUCCACAGGUCACUGGCUCUUGUACCUUUCAUACAGACAUGGGAUGGGCUUUGGCAGCCUCAAAUGGAGUUUGCUAGAAGUGCAGUUUUCUUGUGGAGCUGGCAGGACAAAAUGUUGUUUAAAUAGUCUGCAAAAGAGUUCUCAGAGGGGAAGGAAAAGGGGGCUAUUUCCUAGUUUUGUCUGAGUCUUUUCUACCUUCCUUAUUUAAACUUACUGGAAGAGAAGGUAUUUACAAAGGUGACAUCCUUCUCUUUGACUUUUUUUGGGCAUUAUGUGGCAGGAGUGGUUUUCCUUUUGCUGAAAAUGUAAUUCUAAGCCUCAAAAUAGGAACAUGUCUGGAGUGCUGUGAAGAUCUGGAGGACUCCUAAGGACAAACACUGAUGAAUGCUCCUGUAACUGAAAUGGGUUGCGUCUCCUGGCGUAUGCAGUCACUUAGCUUCUGGUACUUGCUGCAUUGUGAUCUGCUGUUUGUAUUGCUCAAAACAACCCAUAGAACAGGAAAGCUGUGGUUUAUUGUCACGCAUGUGAUGAGCUAAAUCAGCUUCUGAAGUCAUCGUGUGUAUGUAAGGUGGGGAGUGGAGAAGAUGAUGUGCUAAAUUGCUGGAAAAAAGAUGCCUGGGCAUGAGGAGUACAUGACAUUAUGAAUGACAAAGGUAACACAGAGGGACUGAGUGGCAUGGGAGCGUGUGUAGAAGGCACGUGUCUCCAGGGUUGCUGUGUCCCAGUGAGGGGUGAGGUUAGGCCUCACAAGACUGACUUACAAGCAAUAGCUACAGCAAAGUUCUUUUCCAGUGGUUACAUGUCUUCCUUAAAAACCAUUUUGGCUCCAUCAGUUGCUGGGAGUCUGUUAACAGGAAGGAGGAACCAUUUGAUUAUUUUUUUGAGUGUUGCUGCGUUGGAGGCUGUUUGUUUCCUUUCCAUGUUUGUAGCCUGGUGAUUAAAGUCUCUGGCAAAAUGUAGCUUUUUCGACUACCCAAUUCAUAUCGUCUUGUGUGCAGAGAAAAGCUUGGAAACGAGCUGUACAUAUUCCAAACAAGAGAUUUUCCAGUGAAAACACUGAAUUCCCCUUUUAUGGAGUUGGGAGUGAAGGAAAAAUACUUGAACAGGAUAGGGAGGGAUUUUUGUCUGGAGUUGAUACCCUCACAGAAUAGAGGACUUUAUUUUUUCAAGCAGCAUCUCUAAGAUGGAUUUUCAGUUGCUAGCAAAUACAUUUGGAAGUAAACACCUUCCCAUGUGCAUUUUGCACUCCAUUUUGCUGGGUUUUCUUUUGGCUAGGCAAGUGAUGCCUAAAUCUGCCCCCAUGAUGUUAUUUCGUUGUGGAGUGUUGCUGAGUUUCCUGUAAAAGCCAAAGAUAGUUUUCUCUGGAGAGGAAAAUCUUCCCCAGGGAUUCCUGUGCCAUGGGGAGGAUGUCUUGGUGGGGAGCGCCACCGCUGGGCUGGCAUCUGUUCUUCACUCUUCUGCUUUUUAAACCUAAUUUCUGCAUUUUCUGUAUCUGUGAACUGUGUGUUCACACUCUGUGUGAACUGUGGCUUUGGGUUUACUGAUUUACAUGCGCAUUUGGAGCUGCAGGAGAGUGAACUGAGCAAGUGAAGGUGUAAAUUGCCAGAGUGGCUGUGAAUGAAGAUAGCAGAGAGAUUCUCUGUGAGCUCUGCCAAACCCUCAGUUAGAGCUCUUUAGCUUUAAUACCCUUUAGGCUGACGUUUGUCAUCUCUUGGCUUGCUGGAAUCCCUCUCAGUUGAGCGUGCUGAAGCGCAGGCAGGACUCGCUGACUGAGCAAAAAAGGACUCUAUAAGAAGCCUGAAAUGCCACUUUAAAUUUGUUUAAAACCUUUUAACUCUUUUCAUCCCACUUGAAUCUUAAUUUACCUCCCUUAUGUUAUUUUACCACUGUGUUUACCAUUGUAACUGCUCUAGUUUUUAAACAAUGAUCCCCCUUUGGAGCUAAGAAGUGAAUCAAGUUUGUGAUUGCGUCUGAGCAAACUAUUUAUGUGCACUUUAUGUCAGCACCAAGAGCCAAAGCAAAACUCUGCAGCCCCAAACAUCCCCAUCAGGAACAAAUGGCUGGAGAUGGGGACAGAAUUCCUCGAGAGGCAGCUCCACUGGCUGCGCAACAGCCCGGCUGCCCAGUGCUUGCUUUUAUCACAUGCUGGGACAAGGAUCACGUGAAGAGGCGGGGAGUCAGCCCUGCGGAGCCUGGUGGUGGUGUGGUGUUGCUGGUGGGAUCCUGGGAGCCUCUGCCCCAAUGGCAUUUGUAACCCAACAUCAGAUCCAGAAGUUCCACGAGGAUGGCUUCCUUGUCCUAGAGCAUUUUUUCACCACAGAGGAGUGUGACAGCAUGAGGAACCAGAUUCAGAGAAUCAUAGCGGAGAUGGAAGUGCCACUGCACUGCCGCACCGAGUUCUCCACCAAGGAAAAGGAGCAGCUCCAGGCACAGAUGCAGGGUAGCUCGGAUUAUUUCCUAACCAGCGGAGACAAGAUUAGAUUCUUCUUUGAAAAAGGUGUUUUGGAUGAGAGAGGUAACUUUCUAAUUCCAAAGGAGAAAUCUGUCAGCAAGAUUGGCCACGCUUUACAUGCUUAUGAUCCUGUCUUCAAGCAAGUCACCCACUCCUGCAAGGUGCAGGAAUUGGGAAGAAAACUAGGCCUUGAGAGACCAGUAGUUGUGCAAAGCAUGUAUAUCUUCAAGCAACCUGGCAUUGGUGGUGAAGUGACACCACACCAGGAUGCCACCUUCCUGCACACGGAGCCCCUGGGCAGAAUCCUGGGGUUCUGGAUCGCCCUGGAGGAUGCCACGCAGGAGAACGGCUGCUUGUGGUUCAUCCCUGGCUCUCACACCAGAGGAAUUACCCGGAGAAUGGUCCGUGCAGCUUCAGGUAGCUCAACAUGUGUAGAGUUUGUAGGGUCAGAUCCAGUCUACGAUGACAAUCAGUUCAUACCUCUGCCUAUAAGUAAAGGAGGACUCGUUCUCAUCCACGGUGAAGUUGUCCAUAAGAGUGAACUGAACAGCUCAGAGUCUUCUCGCCAUGCAUUCACCUUCCACGUGAUGGAAGCCAAAGACACCAGCUGGAGCAGAGAGAACUGGCUCCAGCCGACUCCUGAACUGCCUUUUCCAUCGCUCUACACUUGAAGUUAGUGAUUGGCUUCUGGAGACAAUAGCUGAUCAAUGUUCCCUUCUGAUCAUUCGUUCCCUUUAAAUACAUCUUUCACUAGGUCAGCUCUUAAGAUUAAUUUAUCCUCUAAUCAGCACGAGGACCCAUGACAUAGCCAAAUACACCUGCACUAAACAGAAGUUUCUACUGCAGCAUGAGCCCUAGUAGUACGAGAAUAGUCACCCAGUCCUUCUGGUAAGGAAACCUCUUCAGUGCUGAGAACAGACCACUAAAGACCACUGCACCUUGACUGGGACCAGUUAAGAAGUAUUUCUUCUUACAGAUACUCAGUAUUCCCUUCUGUUUAGGUCAAGGAUUUGUCUAGUGCAAUUCUUGGCUGUGUCAAUCCCAGCAAUGCAGGUGAAUGUGUCAUGUGAAGAUGGCUGAUUUUUACACUUAGGUCUCUGUCCUAUUGUUUGAAUAACAGUGAUUAAAAAUAAUCCUAUUGUGGGCAAAAUGAAACAGGAAGUCUACUUUUAUAAUCAAUCAUCUUCUAAGGAUUUCUAGUAAACUGUAGCUGUUUGAUCGCUGGGUGCGUUGAUUAAAAAUAUUACAAUUCUUAAAGAA